AUGCUUCCGCGGAGCAAGUCGGAAGCGGGUAGGGGCGGGGUUGCGCUUAGGAGGGGGAGAGCCCGCGCAGGAGCAGUGACGAUAGGGUCGGUGGGCUCUGAGGCGGAACUCGCGCAAGGGGUGGUACGGCGGGCGUCGCAGGGGGAGCUGGCUGCGGAGGAGGGGGUGAUCAGCACGCCAAUGGAGGCAAUGGUGCUGGGGGAAGUGAUGGGGGGUCCCAAGGUGUCGCCUUCUCAGGUGGAGGCUUUUCCGUGCCAGUGGUGCUCCCAGAUGCUGGCAGUGCCGGCGCAGCUGCAGCCGUCACACAAGGGCAGGCAGAAACUGCGGUGCGGCAAGUGCAUGCGCGUGUCUAAGUAUGCUGUCACUCUGCCGCCGCCCGACAUGCCUGGCCUACCCCUCCUUAUUCCUGUUGAGAGCGCACAAGAAAAGGGUGAUGUGCAGUCCCAGGACGCUCAGCAGCAGCAGCAGCAGCAGCAGCAGCAGGGGCUGGCAGCUCAGCAAUCCCUGCCUCGCAGAGCAUCACAGGGAGCAGCAGGCGAAGCUCAGCCUUCAGCCAAGCACGUCCGCAAGUCCAGUGGUGGUUCUGACUCCAGUACCAGUGGUGUUGCACCUGCUCUCAGAAUGCCUAGUACUGGAGCGGCAGCAGCAGCAGCAGGAGCAGAGGGAGCAGGAGGAGUGAUGGCAGCAGCAGCUGUGGCAGACGAGAAUGGACAGGAGUUGGUCCCGAGGACCGCAUCAGGGAAGCGGUUCCAGCGGCAGGCACGGGACAUGCUGGCAACAAGACGAGUCACCGUGGGUCCGGGCGGCAAGCUGGCCACCGUUCCUUCCUUCCGUGCUGCUCCUCAGAUACAGGGAGGGACAGCAGGAGGAGGGGCGGCAGGAGGAGGGGCGGCAGGAGGAGGGGCGGCAGGAGAUGGUGCUGGUGGAGGGGGAGGGGAGAUGUCGCUGCGGCGAACAUCAACAGAGAGGAAGGGAGCGAAAGGGGUAGAGGGAGGGGGAGCAGUGGUGCUGAUGCCACGGAGCAGGACGAUGAGUAUGGGUGUGGAGGCACAGUACCGGAGAAAGGUGGUUGUGAAUGGGGUGCCUGUGCCGGACCAGAGGGUUCUUGUUGCAGAGCAGAGGAUUGGGAAGAUCGAAGCCUGGGAAUUAUUGCUAGGCAAUGCCCCUGUGUCCAUGGAUUGCUCCGUGCCAGUGGUGCUCCCAGAUGCUCGCCGUGCCACAAAACUGGAGCCGAGAGACGGAGUUCAGAAGCUGCGUUGCGGAAAGUGCCUAAAGAUCUCCAAGUUCUCCGUCUUCGUCCCUCCCGCCGGCGGCGUUCCCGUGCUCAUGCCUCUUUCCGCCUCCGGCCCUCUCCCCGGUCCGCCUUCUGUAGCUGUUUCGCGUGGUGGAGCCCAAAAUCAGCAACCCCUGCCUGUGCAGCCACAGCCGCAGCUGCAGCCGCCGCCGCAGCAGCAGCAAGGGCAGGUGGUGUCGGAGGAAACGUGGCUGCAGCAGCCGCUGCAAGGUGUAGCCCCGCUGCAGGCUUACCAGCAACAGCCGCAGUUCCAACAGCCGCAGGGCAUGGGUCCCGUGCAGCCGCAGCAGGCGCGGCAGCCUUCGCCGCAGCUCAUGCAGCUGCAGCAGCAGCAGCAGCAGCAGCAUGCAGCGUUGCAGGGUUAUGGGCAGGGUGCGCAGGGGCUGGUGCAGCAGAUGGGCGGCUUGAGCAUGGGUGAGUCGUUUAGUCAGCAGCCGUAUGCUAUGGCCCCUCAGAUGCCACAGGGGAUCGGCCCGCAGGGAGGGAUGCAGCAGGGCAUGGGGCAGCAAGGCAUGGGGCAACAGGGCAUUGGGCAACAGGGCAGUGGGCAGCAAGGCAUGGGCCAGCAGGGGAUGGGGCAGGUGUAUCAGCAGCAGGCUCAUGCACCUGGGCAUAUGCAGGCUCACCCACAACAGCAGCAGGCGGUACCUCAUUCCAGCAACAGAUGGUUGGGGGAGCGCAGCAGCAGCCCUCCGCAACAGCAGCAGCCACUCCACCCAUACCAGCAGCAGAGCCCCAUGCAGGGUCGCUCUCACAUGGGCAAGGUAGCAUACGGGCAUCAAGCACCCAGACCUCCUCUAUCCGGUGGGAGCAUAGGGGGGCACCUGGAGAGCGAGGAGGGCCUGCCAAGGCAAGGGUCAGGGAAACGGUUCCCCAAGCAGCCGCCACAGCCCCCCAUGGACCCACAAGCUGCCACCAGACGUGGGCCGCCCGGGCGGGCAGAUGCGAUGACGGUGGCGCCGAGAAGCUCCACGCUGGGCGGCGAGGGGCAGUACCGUCGCAAGGUGUAUAUGAACGGGCAGCCCGUGCCUGACAAGCUUGUGUUCCUGGCUGAGAGGCGGAUUGGAACGAUUGAGCCAGGCAGCUACUGGUAUGACUGCCGAGCUGGAUUUUGGGGCCCUGUGGGAGGGCCAGCAUUCGGAGUUACUCCGGCUUUUAUGAGGGAGUUCGGCAUGCAGCCGAUGCAGAGUGACUGUUCCGGAGGCAAGACUAAGGUGUUUGUGAAUGGGAGAGAGCUGCACAAGAAGGACCUUGUUUACUUUGAUGAAGAGGGGCUUUCCGGACACUCCUGGAUGGUGGACAAGAAGAAGGGUAUGUACAUGGUGAAACCCCAAUAA